CCGCAACACAAACAUGGCGGAUAUGGACUUUGAGAAACUCUAGACUACUUCUUGAUUGUUCUCUGAUCUCGUUCGUUGACGUUUCUAAGAACUUUUCGGAAGUUGCGUGAGUCCCACGCCUUUAAACGCCGGCGGCGGGCUUGCACUGUGCCGCGCUGACACGGUAGCGUUCGCCCUUCCCCCUCGAACUGACCGUAUCCUGCGGAAGUCUCGCGAAGUUUGUAGGUUGAUGCAAAGCUCAAGCGUCAGUAGCGGGAGUAGUAAACAGCAGCGAGUCAUGGACGAUCUCGAUGCCCUUUUGGCUGACCUGCAGUCCACGACACAGAACAUAUCCACAUAUCAGCAUCAGAUCAAUCCCCCAGCGCAGGUGAUCACCAACACCAAUAGGGACAGCUCUGCCUCAAGCCGUGACUCCAGGAGCUCCACCCCCCCACUGCCACCCCCACCACCGGUUGAGGUCUUGGAUAGUCUGCCUCCUCCGCGAGGUCAUGAUCAGCCAAUCUACGAGCCCCAGAAUUUUCGUAUGAGAGAGACGACCCCUACAUCGGACACAUCACAGAGCUCCGACUUGGCUUCGAUCCCAGACAAGGGGAGACAACAGCAAGGAAUGUCACAGCUCAGCUCCAACCUGUCCGAGCUGGACCAGCUCCUGCAGGACCUCAACUCGGCUCAGUUCCUGUCUGAGGUCGAGAAGAAGUCCACUGGCGGAAAAGAGCCAAUCGUGAAUGGAACAGGGCGGGCACCUCCCCCAGUAGCUCCCAAACCUUCUCGCCCCUCCGAGCGAGCAACAGUCGAGUCUUUGCUGGAUGAGUUGGAAGUGUCUGUCCCAUCCCCUCACGGAGCUGGUAACGACCUAGGUCACUACUCUGGCCCCUCCUCCCCCCAUGGGCAAGUAAGAGGAGGUCCCCCUGCUCCUAACGGCCACCCUGGAAAUGCUCCCCCCACCCCUGGGGCAUCUACAGCUACCAAGGAGCUGGAUGAUCUUAUGGCAUCAUUGUCUGAGUUUAAACUUCAGAACAAGCCUCAACAAGCCAGUGUAGAACCAGCAUACGCCAAACCGAACAAAGGUACAGGACGUCAGGUGACACCGACGAGUCCAAUGAACCCAAGUAUUCCCUCACCAAACCAGUUGGAGACCAUGCUUGGAGACUUGCAGUCUGACAUGAACAAACAGGGGGUCAGCACCAAGACUAAGGGUGUGUGUGCUGCCUGCAAUCAACCCGUCGUGGGCCAGGUGAUCACAGCUCUGGGGAAGAUCUGGCAUCUGGAGCACUUCACCUGCAGCCACUGUAAUGAAACACUCGGGACAAAGAACUUCUACGAGCGUGACAAUCAGGCCUUCUGUGAGAGAGACUACCACGAACUAUUUGCACCACGAUGUGGCUACUGCAGUGGACCCAUCGUAGAUAAAUGUAUCACAGCUCUGGGUAAGACCUGGCAUCCAGAACAUUUCUUCUGCACAAAGUGUGGCCGCCCGUUUGGGGAGGAGGGAUUUCAUGAAAAGGACGGAAAAGCAUAUUGCAGGGAUGACUACUAUGAGAUGUUUGCUCCGAAGUGUGGCGGUUGCUGCAACCCCAUCAUGGACAACUACAUCACCGCGCUGAACCGCCACUGGCAUCCCGAGUGCUUCGUCUGCUGGGAUUGCCGAAGCCCAUUCGGUGGUGGCAGUUUCUUUGACCACGACGGACUGCCCUACUGCGAAACUCACUACCACACCAAACGAGGCUCCCUCUGCGCCAGCUGUCAGAAGCCCAUCACAGGAAGAUGCAUCACGGCCAUGUUUAAAAAGUUCCACCCCGAACACUUUGUGUGCGCCUUCUGUUUAAAGCAGCUGAAUAAGGGGACGUUCAAGGACCAGGGAGACAAACCCUACUGUCACCCCUGCUUCGUCAAGCUGUUUGGCUGAAGCCCCAGCCGUGUUCACACAUGUCUUCCAGGAUCGCCAUGUAGCAUGACGUACGUGACCAGUUACCGACUGAGUACACGCAUGCACAUCGGGGACCACAUUGCAGCUGGUUCUGCUGCUAUUUGUAUGCAGAGAAAGAAGGACCUUUCUAUGCUAUGCUUUUUCAGUUAUUGGAAAUCUCUAUAGGAUUCGAAAUGAUGUGAUGGAUUUGCUAGUGUGAUAAUUCCGAGUCAGUUGAAGACCGAUAAGAAACCACAACACUCUGGUGUGACAUGUUGUCAUACGGCUGGAUGUUCCUGAGGCCGGUGCAUGUACAGGAUACGCAUCUACCAAGGUGUGGGAUACAAAGGUACGGAAAGCUUGAUCGAUGCAGGAAAUACUUGCAGGAUUCUGACUGGGUACUGGCACAGGAGCACAGGACUCAGGUUCCAGCUGGAUAACAGGAUACAGGUUCCAAGAUACAGGCACUCGUACCAAGAUACAGAACAGGAUACAAGGACAGUACUGGACUCAGGACAGAGAUCAGGCAGAAUACUAGAUACAGAUUAAUAGGAUACAAGAUACAGACACAAAAUUAUGAGAUACAAUAUUGCCAGAUAUCUAUACACAUAAAACACACGUACUGACUGUGUGCACAAAGAUGCAAAGAUUCAGGAUACUGUUCCCGAGACAUCACUACCAAAACAAUGGAUAACUGUGCAGUGAUACAAGUGCGAUGAUCCAAUUCAAUCCGCAUGGAUCCUUACUGCCUCUGAAGUGCAUCAAGUGUGAUGAGGAUGUCCCAAUACUGACCUCCCCAGCGACAAAGGCAUCUAGGACAUCUAGGGGUGAUCACAUGAUAGUUUUAUUUUUUUUACGAAGUAUAUUUCCUACCAGUCAACCGAAACACCUUCCUCCAUAAGAAACAGUCAUGAGUGCCAGUCUUCGUUUCAACAUUACAUCCGGAAUAUUACAGCAGCAUCACCAUCAUUCAAAAACUCUCUGGCAGAAAGCUGUCAGUUAGUUUUGCUUGUUAGAUGAUAUUUUCCACACCACCAAUCUCACUGCUCCAUGUGCAUGGCCUGUUACUGAGAAAUACAUGUAUGAAGAGUGGGCACGUUAAUCAGCUGCCCUUCUAAGAUCUAACCUACUGACAUGGUACCAUUUCAUCUUGGACUCUGCCUGUGUUUCUAGUAACCAGAUAUAACCGAAAGGAUUUUAGAAAUAUAUUUAAUGCUUACUCCAACUCACAUCAAGGACAUAGCCUUCGUUUAAUUGUAUCAUCAUGACUGAGGAUUGACAUAACCUGCAGGUUUUUGAGUUGAAUUCAGAGAACCAGUACCAAUAAACCGGUUUUCUUUAAACUGGUUCCUACAAACCGGUUCCUAUAAACUGGUUCCUGUAAACCGGUUCCUAUAAACCGGUACCUGUACCUUUCUACAAGAUGACAAGCCUACACUAUUCGUCACUUCCUCGCCUGCUGAUGAGCGACCUGCCAUCAGUUCUCAGUAAUACUGCAUGUGUCUUUUUCUUUCUGUCACCUUAUGACUGCCUAUGGAAACAACAUCAUAUGCCUUAUUUUAACUCUUUCUCAUGACACUUGACUUCCCAAUAUCUUUCAUCAGCUGGCAAUAACUUGGGCUUGCUGAUCCCUGUCAAAGGGAGACAAUCCUUUUCUGAGAGAUGUUGUGCUCAAAGGGAGGCAACUCUGCUCAUUCAAACAAGGGAGUCCUGAAGAUGACUAUGUCGACACUUCUGAAAUCAAACUUGUGCGUAUUGUGAUUGUAUUAUAAUCAACAGUAUAACUGGUAGCAUCUAUCCAUGUUAUAUAUGUUACAGAGAUAUGACAUAGCCUGCUGCUUUGUGUAAACUGCCAUUAAUUUCAGAAAUGGAUAUAUAAAAUUAUGUACAUAAAACACACUUGUUCGGUGUUUGUUGAUUCAACACCGUUUUAACACAGUUGAUUAAUUGUGCAUUGUGUAAACAGGAAGGGAGGUAAGUCUCUUGCUUGGUAUUUACUUUGUGAUAUUUUAGCUGCUUCUAUGCAGAUAGACAAACUUGCACAUGGAUACUUCAUUGAGAUGCAUCUGUGUGUGUUCUGCGUUGAGGAGAUAGGCCGCAACAAAUGAAUGACAGGGCCUUUACUUUAAGUAAGGGGGACAGGGUGGUUGGUUGGCUUUAUAUAACAUUUCUACAUAUGUAAUUGAUGAGCGGUAUAUUGGCAGAUUCAGUCCUCUUGAAUGACGAAAAGAAAUCAUGAAGUAAGAAUUUUUGUUUCUAUUUUUGAGAAUAUUAGGAACUUGGUACAAAUUUCUUGCAACAUGGAUUUGAAAAUUGUUUCAUUUUUGUAGCCUCACUGAAAAUUGUUUUCGGUUUUAAGGAAGUCCUAUAAAUGUGCUUAAAGUUGAUGACAGUUGAUGAUAUAACUGAAAUACUGUUCAAAGCGACGUUACACCCAGCUUACUCACUCACUUGAAGUUGAUGAAGUGUCCGCCACUGUAAUAUUGUUGGAGUAUUGUUGAAAAAUGACGUAAAACCAAACUUACUUAUGGCAAACCAUGAAAUGAAUUUGAAAGUUUUAGGCAAUAUUUUAUUUUUUUAUCAAAGAUGAGAAGCGGUCCUUCUAAACCUUGAACAGUAUUAAAAAUGGUCAAAAUUGUUUCUGAUGGUGAAAGUUUUUGAUUUGUUGUGGCCUGUGUUUUGCACUAGAAGUCUUUAGUUUCAUUUGCACCUCACUCUAACAGAUUAUCAGUUCUGCUUUGCUCUUGUGCCAAAGCCUUGUGUUAACGGACCCAGUCCUAUUGUUGCUGCACCAUGCAUACAUACAGUGUCAACACACAGGAUAUCUGACUCUCAGUGUGAUGACACGUUGCAAUAUUCUUUGAUAAAGUGACAAAGAAACAAACAACUUUUUGAGAUAAUUUAAUCUGUCCCUUGAAAUGGGAAUUGUUUGAUAAAUAUGAUACACUCUAUGUGUUCAUCUCCAUCUGCGUCUCCAGGGUGGGUAGCCUGGUAUUUACUGUGUUUGCUCAUAACGCUUAAGGCCGGGGUUCGAUUCCCCAUAUGGAUACAAUGUGGAGCCUUUUUCUGGUGUCACUGUCAUCAUUGCAGGAAUUUUGGUAAAAGUGGCAUAAAACCACACUCACACAAUUUGCAGGAUGCAUCCAAAAAUAUAUCUUUGAGCUGGCUCCUUGUAACAUCUAAUGAAAUAUUGUUUGUUUGUUGUUUAACGCCGCACUCAGCUAUAUUUCACCCAUAUGACGGCGGUCUGUAAGUAGUCGAGUCUGGACCAGACAAUCCAGUGAUUGAUAACUUAAGCAUCGAUCCACGCAAUUGGGAUCGAUGACAUGCAUCAACCAAGUCAGUGAGCCUGACCACCCGAUCCCGUUAAUCGCCUCUUACGACAAGCAUAGUGAAAUGUUGAUGGCUACAAACAACUAUGUCUUGUUCAUAUAAUUGCAUAUUGCACAAGUAUAUUACAACGUGAGUCACAUAUCGCUGUUCAUCAGUUUAUGAAUGACUUGUUCCAGCUCUUAAUCACAACUUCUGAUCUCUUAAUAUUAGCAAAGUAUGCGUGCAUAAUGUCAGCAUUUGAAGUCAUUUGUUCCAAGUUUGAAUGUUAAUUCAGGCUUAUAUGGGUUUUUACUUACAUUGAUAUAUCUAUGUCUAAUUUUAUAUCUUUUAUGAUAAUUAUUGAGCUUUUAUGUAUGAUUGCUGAAGUGCUACAUGUAACCAUGGUAAUGUUUGUUUCUCAGAGACUACAUGAUCUUGUGAUAGACCACUGAAUCCUUGCCUUAAUGACGUCUCCGUUGAUAAAUGAUGCUACCAUGCAGGCCUAUCCCUGGUGAACUUACGUGCAUGUAAUAAGGGUAUUUUGUAGGGAGGACUAUUGAAGAUAUGGUCACUAUUGCGAUUGUGUUGCAAUAGUAACCACACUAUUGCAAUAGUACUGCGAUAGUUGUCAACUAUUGCAAUAGUAAUGCGAUACUAUUAAUCCAGCUUUAAGGCUUGAUAGUUAUAUUAAACAAUGUAAUAGAAAUGAAUAAAGUAUUGCUGUCGCUUAUCAAACCAAGGGGAAGUAACUCUGAUAAGAAGUUUGAAAUCUGAGUUUUGUGACACAUUAUUCAUGUUCUAAUAAUGACCUAUUGCGACAAUUGAAACUAUCGAUUGCUCUGCCCACUGUCAACAAUACCACUGUUUUUUUUAAAUACAUUACUAUAUUGUACAAUCAUAUGGAAAACAAUUGCAAUGCAUCAGUAGUUUGAAAUAUCGUUUUACUCGUAGUACUUUGCACUUCGUAGAUUUUGUUUCUAGGUUUGUCAGCACCAUACCCAUGUGCAUGGGUUUCACUACAGUGGUAUAGACGUCUUAGACUUGCAUCACUUGGGCUUUCCUCCAACUCAAGCUGACAUGCCCUUAUAUAAGUGGAAUACUGUUGAAAAUAGCGUUAAACCUAAUUCACUCACUCACUUACAACCAGCUAGAAGGCAAGUCUCGUGACUUUCUGUAGGGGUUAUCUUGGAGUUACUUCUUCCUGAACAACAAUUUUUUUGGUGUGAAAGUCAAAUAGCAUUUUUCUCAAAACAGCACUGGCUUUUCAUAGACGACAAUCUUGACGUAUGCAAUAAUUGGAGCCUACAUCUGCUGCACUGAUUGUGACAUUUGAGGAGUUUUUUAGCUUGGAUAAAGAAAUUAGGACAACAGCUUGUGUCGCUACCAAGCCUGUAAGUCAAUAUUGUAUGUGACAUGGGCUUGCUGUCAAAGGCAAUGUAUUUUCUGGAUUAUAGAAGAUGGGAUGCAUGGCCAUUGGAACAUGAUAAUCUAAAUACAUUUGUCAUAUUUGUAUGUUCAGAUAACCUAUGGUAGUAUUACUUUAGUCUUCAGUACUUAGUACACUUUUUAUGUUUGUGGAGGUUAUGGAAGAAAAUUCUUUGGACAAACAAAUGGGUCUGUGGUAUUUCUCAUUAUAUACUGAACAAAAAAAGUAAAGGAUCAUGAAGAUACGGGGGAUAUUUUUUUGUAGUGAAGACAGAGCGCAAUUUCAUCACAAAAUCCCCCAAAGUAGACAUGAUACCUAUGUUGUUUUGUUCAGUAUAGAAAGAUGCUAUAUUUACCCUAGAUAAUCAAGAAUAACAAUGGCUUUUGAUUGUACAGUUAUUUAAGUACUUGAACACGUUUGGGGUUAAAGAAAGAGAGAGAGACCAUGAAUUAAUGAGGCUUAAGAGAACAGUAGAGAUUAUCUGCUCUGAGUAAAUACAGGUUUUACAUUUUCAAAGUAUGCGUUAUUCAACUUGUAUUUUUAGUAAAGAAUUUCUAGGAAGAUGUUUGUUACCUGAAGAGAUGCCGCCAAGCUGAGCUAUUGUUCUAAUGAUGUCACAUGAAUAUUCAUGAGGUAAUCAUGCUAUGCACUGACAUGGAAACAAUGAAAACACAGAAUUAUUUUUCAGUGAGAAUUACUGAAACUAGGUUCCAGGAGACUGUGCCCCUAAUAUUGGAUUAUUUCUGUGUGUGACUUCACAGUAAGUGCCUUCACUGGAGUGACUGGGGGUCACCAGGUCGUGUCUGUAUAGAGCACCCUAGCAACAUGGAAAACUUGUUGGGGGCCUCUCGCCUGCGACUCAAGUGGAGAAUUUCACUGUUGUCAUUUGGUAACUGUCAUGCACACUCUUAUAAUAAAUGUUUUAUCAAUACA